AUGGUGAACAACACGGAAUACUACAAGAUCCUUGGAAUCGGCAAGGAUGCCUCCGAGGCCGACAUCAAGAAGGCGUACCGCAAGGAGUCUCUGAAGUGGCACCCCGACAAGAACCCCGGAGACAAGCGUGCCCUCGCCGAGGAAAAGUUCAAGAAGGAUCGCCGGCCGGGUGACAGGGGCAACGCACACACGUCCAUCGCUAACGAUCAGCUCGGUGAGGCGUACGAGGUCCUCAGCGACAAGGACAAGCGUGCAGUCUACGACCAGUUCGGCGAGGAGGGUCUGAAGGGCGGAGCUGGCCCUGGCGGACCCGGAGGUGGCUUCUCGGCUGGCGGCUUCCCCGGUGGUGCCGGCGGUGGUGGCUUCUCCUUCCAUGCGACCGACCCCAACGACAUCUUCAACUCGCGUAUGGGCGGCGGCAUGCCCGGCAUGGGUGGCAUGGGUGGCAUGGGAGGAAUGGGCGGCAUGGGCGGUAUGGGAGGAAUGGGAGGUGGUAUGGGCGGUAUGGGCGGCGGCAUGCCCGGUGGCUUCGAGCAGCACUCUGAGCCCCCUCCCCCUCCCGGAGAGGUCACGAAGCCCCUUGCGCUCUCGCUCGAGGAGCUGUACAAGGGCGGCACGAAGCGACUCCGCCUCACGCGCCACCUGCGCAAUGGCCACACGGAGGAGAAGAUUCUCGAGGUCCCCUACAAGGCCGGCUGGAAGAAGGGCACCAAGGUCAAGUUUGCCGGUGCCGGUAACGAGGACGAGUACGGACAGGCGCAGACGGUGACGUUCGUCGUCGAGGACAAGCCGCACCCGCGCUUCAAGCGUGAUGGAGACGACCUCAUCGUCCAGCUGAACAUCACGCUGGCGCAGGCCCUCCUCGGUCCCGAGGGCGGCGGCCAGAUCACGAAGGAGGUCGAGCAGCUCGACGGCAGGAGACUCAAGGUCUCGCUCCCGGCCAACCAGAUCGUCCAGCCCGGAGAAGAGACCCGCAUCGUCGGCGAGGGCAUGCCUAUCUCCAAGGCCGGAAGCGUCAAGAAGGCCGGCGACAUGGUCGUCAAGUGGAACGUCGUCUUCCCCCGCUCCCUCACCAGCGACCAGAAGGACGCCCUCCGCAAGGUCCUCCACUAA